GUCGCAGCACCCAGAGGACGACCAGGAGUGCGGCGGCGCAACAGCGGCGGCCUGCGAAGGCGCGACCGCGGGAAGCCCCCCGCCCGCGGCAGCCGCGGCACCGCCGCCGCGCCUGGCUCCGGGGGAGGAGGAGCUGCUGCUCCGGCGAGCGGCGGCCGCCGCCGCAGCGGAGGUUGACCACAUCGUCGAGGCUGCCCGGAAGGAGUGGCGGGACCUCGCACAGGAGGUCCGCGACUUGUCCGGCAUGCUCUCCGCCAGCGUCGCCGCGCCGCGGCGCGCCAGCGAGGCGCCCGCCGCGAUGGGUUGCGGGCCGCCGGGGAGCCCGAAG